AUGGGUGUGUCUGAGGUAUCGUUCGGAUCAUGCCCGUCAUCCACCACCCUUCUUUCUUCUUUCUCUUCCUCAACACCCUCCCGACCUACCAACCCAGCCGCCGCUGCCGCUGCCGAUCCGCAUCGCGCGACCCGUCACCGCCGGCAGGCAAGAAAAAGAAAAAAAGUUCUCAUUUUGCCUCGGAGGCGUUCGGGCAACGUGUCUCGACAGACGCCCAUGGCGGUUUUUUUCUACCGGUUUACCGUUUGGGCGACGGAUCGAGCUACUUUACGUCCGUGGAUAAGGGGAAGCCUUCCAUUCAGCCCUGAUCAGGCCACACAGUACAGAGGAAAUCUGACUUGCUCGGACCUCCUGGGAUCUUGCUUGUAUCAAGAGCUCAGAUGUGUUUUGAAGGGUGAUACCAGAUGGUCCGAUGAUGACGGCGGGGGGCGGCCCAUGCGGUAG